AUGUUAAAAAAAGAGCUGGUUCGCCUAGAAUCCUAUGGUGUUUCUUCGGUAAAGCGCUCAGUAGCUGAGCGACGAGCCACAAAAGAUACGGUGGACUAUGCCGUUCGUAAAUUGACACAAGUGGACAGAGCAAUAGGCGGAUUGGAGUGGAAUGAUAUAGAUCUAUAUUUACGCUCACAAAUAUCACAAGCUUCGACGAGUGCAGCCGAUUAUCUCACGGAAAAGGAUGUUUCAGGCAAUUGGGCAUUAUGGGAGGAUGGUUGGAAAAGCGGCUGGAAUAUACCUCCUAAAUCAAAAGAGCUCAUGAGAGUACAUGAUCGGAUCCUUUUCGAAACGCAUGAUGCUGUACUAUUCGCAAGGGCGGUAGGAAUGCAUGCUGGUAAAGAAGAUCCGCUCGCACGUAAGACUGCGGAAGAAUGGGAUGGGAUAGGAUCCAAAGCUAUGCACAAAUGGAAGAGCGCUUGGGACGAAUGUGGGAGGUUUAGUACUCAGUACGUUGCAGAAGUGACGGCGACGGUAAUGGCUACGAUCGUGGAGCAGCUUCGGGACAUAGCUCCAGAACAACUGGUUUUUGGAGACAACGUGAAGAUCGACCUCUUAUAUGCGCCCGUCAACAAGUAUAAACCCAAUCAACAGCGUUCCAAAGCUCGACCGUCCUUACAGGAGUUUAUACGUAGCCGCAUGCAGGAACACUUUGAAAUGGUCGACAGGUUCGGUUUUGGCUCGUUCCAGGAGCUUAUUUCAACAGCUGAAGAGGCUAUGUGCGAAAUUUGGGUGACCAGCCUUGAUAUCAUAGACUGCGAUCGUUUUCGACCACAAUACACUGGUGUAGAUAGAUAG